AUGUCACAGGGUGUCCCUGAUAUGUUUGAGCCUGAUGAAGGAUUUAUGUGGGACUCUGUAAGGAUUGCGCCUCAACUGUCUGGACAGUUUUGGGUUAGUUUCAGGGUAGUGCAGGGGUGGGUCACACCCACUUUGAACCCUUCUGGUAAUUCUCCAGUGGGCCAGGUUUCCAUUUGGCUGCUGCGGGGGCAGGGGCUGCAGCUGCAGGAGUGGGAGUGGCAGGAGCAGCGGGAGCAGUUGGAGGAGCAGCGGUUGGAGGAGCAGCGGUUGGAGGAGCAGCGGUUGGAGGAGCAGCGGUUGGAGGAGCAGCGGUUGGAGGAGCAGUGGCAGGAGCGGGAGCAGCAGGAGAGGUGGGAGCAGCAGGCAUGGGAGCAGCAGAUGCGGCAGGAGCGGUGGGUGCAGGAGCAGCAGGAGCAGCAGGAGCAGCAGGAGCAGCAGGAGCAGCGGAAGCAGCAGUGA